CGGGCGCAGCGUUGGGGUAGAAGCCGGAGGGGCAGGAGCUCCCGCUACCUGCCGCGGCUGCGGGGCGGGGGCGGCGGUGGCUGCUCGCGGGGUCACCGCUCCGGCAGCGAGCCCAAGCCCGCCUGGCUUUUGUUUCUCUCCGCGCCCGCGUUCCCACCGCGCCGCCUUUUCCUGUCUUGGGGGUCGCCUAAGCUUGCAAAAUGGCUGACAGCAGGGACGACGCCUCGGACCAGCUGAAGCAGUGGCGGAACCAGCGGGGCUCGCAGAAACCAGACGUCUUGACCACUGGUGCUGGGAACCCAGUAGGAGAUAAGCUUAAUAUUCUGACAGUAGGGCCACGUGGACCUCUUCUUGUGCAAGAUGUUGUUUUCACUGAUGAGAUGGCUCAUUUUGACAGGGAGAGGAUUCCUGAAAGAGUUGUGCAUGCAAAAGGGGCAGGAGCCUUUGGCUAUUUUGAAGUCACUCAUGAUAUUACCCAGUAUUGCAAAGCAAAAGUGUUUGAACACAUUGGAAAAAGAACUCCGAUUGCUAUACGAUUCUCCACUGUUGCUGGAGAAUCUGGGUCAGCUGAUACAGUUCGUGACCCUCGAGGCUUUGCAAUGAAAUUCUAUACAGAAGAGGGUAACUGGGAUCUUGUGGGAAAUAAUACUCCUAUCUUUUUUAUUCGGGAUGCAAUGUUGUUUCCGUCCUUCAUCCAUAGCCAAAAGAGGAACCCUCAGACUCAUUUGAAGGAUCCAGACAUGAUGUGGGAUUUCUGGAGUCUUCGCCCUGAGUCUUUGCAUCAAGUGUCUUUCUUGUUCAGCGAUCGUGGUAUUCCUGAUGGCUAUCGCCAUAUGAACGGAUAUGGGUCACAUACUUUUAAACUGGUUAAUGCUAGUGGAAGAGCAGUUUAUUGCAAAUUCCAUGUCAAGACUGACCAGGGCAUCAAAAAUCUUUCUGUUGAAGAAGCAGGAAGAUUGGCUUCUACUGAUCCUGAUUAUGGAAUACGUGAUCUUUACAAUGCCAUUGCCAAGGGGGACUAUCCAUCCUGGUCUUUCUACAUUCAAGUUAUGACGUUUGAAGAAGCAGAGAAGUUUCCAUUUAAUCCUUUUGAUUUAACUAAGAUUUGGCCACAUGGUGACUACCCUCUCAUCCCUGUGGGAAAGCUUGUCUUGAACAGGAAUCCUGUCAAUUAUUUUGUAGAGGUAGAACAGAUGGCAUAUGAUCCCAGCAACAUGCCACCUGGCAUUGAACCUAGCCCUGAUAAAAUGCUGCAGGGUCGUCUUUUUUCGUAUCCUGACACCCAUAGACACCGUCUGGGACCUAACUAUCUACAAAUUCCUGUGAACUGCCCCUUCAGAACCCGUGUGGCCAAUUACCAGAGAGAUGGACCAAUGUGCGUUUCUGACAACCAAGGUGGUGCCCCAAACUAUUAUCCAAAUAGUUUUACUGGUCCAGAAGAUCAGCCCGUGGUAAAGGAGAGCCGCAUGUCUGUUUCGGGAGAUGUGCAGCGCUUCAAUAGUGCAAAUGAAGAUAAUGUGACUCAGGUGCGAGAUUUCUAUACCAAAGUGCUGAAGGAGGAUGAACGCCAAAGGCUGUGUAAAAACAUUGCUGAUCAUCUUAAAGAUGCACAACUCUUCAUUCAGAAGAGAGCUGUGAAAAACUUCACUGAUGUUCAUCCUGACUAUGGUGCCCGUAUUCAAGUUUUGCUGGACAAAUACAAUGCUGAAAGUGGGAAAAAGGAUGUAAUUAGGACAUAUACACAGUCCACAUCUCGUGUGUCUGCCAAAGAAAGAUCCAACUUGUAAAGCAUACUGCAGAGAUUUACUCUAUGAAUUUUGCAUCCUUACAACUGCAGGACAACCUGUUGGAAUGUAGCAGAUUUCCGCACAAAUACAGAAGUGUUUUACAGGCUUGAUUUAUUAAGCUUUCAAGUGCCUGUGUCUGUAUUGGAAACUAGGUAACACAAGCUAACAAUCCUAGUGCCUUUCAACACUAGUGCUUUACUGCUUGUUAACAACACAUGGUGAUUUUAAUCAAAUUAAUGACUAAAAAUUGUUUCUAGAAGCAAACAUAAGUUUAAUCAAAAUACAGUUUUGUUUCUUUUUUUUUUUUUUUUUUUGUUAUAAAACUUUCCUGGCUAAAUCACACAAACUUCUGUAAUGAUACUGUGAUUAUCCUUAUGGGUAAACUUGUUUAUGUUAAAAAGCUGAUGUUGCUCAAUAUUUCUAAUAAAAUAGUUAUCUGUAGUAUUCGUAGACACUUCCUUUGAAUUUAAUUUUUGGCUGUCCAGAAGUAAAACAAUAUACAGUAGUUCAAGUAAAAUGUUGGUUAUGUCUUGUUCCUUAUGGUCAAAAUGAAGCUAACUAGAAAGUUUAAUUGAAUACGUGUAAAUUUUAUUCCCAAUACAUAUUUUAAGAUGAUCUCUGCUUACUAAUGUUAGGUUAGGAUAUAACUGACCUAAGGAUAUUUUAUUAUUACAUACACUUUACAACUAAACUGAUUACACUUUAAAGUUCACUGGGGAGGGGGAAUUGUUUUUUCUAAUCUGUGAGAACUGAAAUAGAAAAUUAAUCAUUUUCCAAGUGUAUGAGAAAUUUAACCUCCAACUGUGUAAAUAUUUUUAUCUUGGCCAAAUUUGGGCUCAAGCACUUUCAAAACAACUCCCAGUGAUUCCUGAAAUUCUGUUAUUUUACUGCCGUAAUCUGAUAUUGCUAUCUAAUGAUCAAGCCAGAGCUAGUUUUCAGAGUUAGACUUCAAUUAAAGUGGCAUGUUUGUAUGAAUGUGGGUAUCUAUAACUACAUAGAUGUAUAGAACCUGAUUUUAGGCAUGCUGUAAUGUUCUCUAGUAUUUGCAGUUUAGUUAAUUAGUGCAAAAGAUUUUGGAACCCUUUGGAUUGAAAGGUCUUUCCUAUUACUAUUCCUUAGAUCCAAAGGAGUUUCUUUAGCUUAGUAAUAUUUUUUCUUUUUUUGUCUUCAGUCUUGGAGUAUAAUCUUUAAUCAGGUUUUACUAAUUGGCUCAAAAUGAAAGUGUUUGUAUUUGAGAACUUAGAGCAAUAGUUAAAUUAUAAUUAUGGAAUUUCUGGACACUACCUUGGUUGAAUCUGAGUAGUGGUUCCCUGAGAAAGCAUGUUGUCAGUAUCUGGGUGUUUUACUAUACAAGCAUACAACAAAACCAAGGCUUAAACUGCUGUUUUAUAAGGUCCAAAAUCCUACCUAGUAUUUUUUCUUACAUAACUAUUUGGAAAGUGUUAGCCAGUUAUGGGAUAAUUAGUUUCCAAGUUGACUAUUGGAGUUUUGAAUAAAAAAAUUCUGUCAUACUUGUUGCACAUUGAAGUUAAUCUUAACAGACCAAAAGAGUUUCAGAAGUGUACUUGGUAGGAUCAGGCAAUUCACCGUGCAUCUAAAGUCCUGGCAAGUUUUAGUAACUACUCCGCCUGUUACUUCUUCCUUGCCAAAGAGGAAGAUCAGUGUAUAUAUAUAUUUAGUCCAGAUCCUAGUUGCACAGCAUUAUCCUUGUUUGAAAUCCUUGCUUUCAUUGUUUGCCUGCUGAUACUGCCUCAUUAGCAUUUGGAUUGGAAGAAGCAUGAAUGAUGCUACAAAAGAUCUCGGAGCCUAGCCACUAGCUCUUAACUCAAGCAAAUUUAAUACAAAUUUCAAAUUGUAGCAGAUUUGUUUUCAAUAUUCAGCAUAUUUCUGGGUCUGUCAUGAGUUUUCUUUUGAGUAGGAGUACUUCCUGAUUUGGCAUUUAAGUUGGAAUGCCAAUUCACGGAAGUGAUGGCAGAUAGAUAAAGAAGUGCUGUUUCAUUAAAUUGUAGAAAGCUACUUCUCCAACUCAUUUAUCUACUAACUUAUGGUGAAAAAUUAGCUGUGAUAUAGGUGCAGUAAAAUAAUAUGAAUUGAUGGCCUACUCUGUUCUGGGAUGCAACUGGAUUUUUACCUGAUCAGGCAAGUGGGAACUGAAAGAGCUACAUGAAUGCAUGAGAGUAUUUCUUGCUGGAACAUCAAAUCCUAAUGAGUCUGGAAAAGAAUAAGCAAGGCUUAAUCUUUAAUUUUGGUUGUGUCUGUUAACUGAAUUAUAUUGUCUUCCUCUUUUAUUUCUGAAAUAAAAUAAAAUUUAAAAACC